AUAAUCCACAUUAAAAAAGGCCUAAAUCAUCCGCGAAAGUAGGUUAGUCUAAUAAGUUAGAGAAAGGCAGUGCCGGAGUGGGACGGCUGUUCUAGGUGAUGGCGAAUUUGUACGUCAAGGCGUCGCCGCCGGCAGACCUGAACCGGAACACGGAGUGGUUCAUGUACCCUGGAGUCUGGACCUCGUACAUCUUGAUCGUCUUCUUCUGUUGGCUUCUCGUUCUCUCCCUCUUCGGCUGUACUUCGGGGAUGGCUUGGACAAUCGUUAAUCUCGCUCAUUUUUUCGUAACUUAUCACUUCUUCCACUGGAAGAAAGGAACUCCAUUUGCUGAUGACCAAGGAAUCUACAAUGGGUUAACUUGGUGGGAGCAGAUUGACCAAGGAAAACAACUCACACGCAAUAGAAAAUUCCUCACUGUUGUACCAGUGGUGCUGUACUUGAUUGCUACGCACACAACUGACUAUCAGCAUCCAAUGCUUUUCCUGAAUACGAUAGCCGUGUUUGUGCUUGUGGUUGCGAAGUUCCCUAAUAUGCACAAGGUUCGGAUAUUUGGCAUCAAUGGAGAUCAGUGAACAAAUCCUGCACUUCACUUCAGUUUAGGAUGUUUGGCACCAGUUACUUGUGUUUGAGAGCUUCAUUCCUUUCUGUAACCUGCCUGCAUCCAAUAUGUUUGUUAUACUAAACCUACAUAGAAUCUAGAUCAGAGAAUGACAUAUUACUUGGGUAUGUAAUGUUGUGUUCUUCCCAUGAUGUUGAAAAGUGUUUGUACAGAAGAGUUUAUUAAAUGUGGAUCACGAUAUUGAAAUGCCUCUUGCGAUUGUUACUUGCAUUUAUGAUUUGUUUACAAAUUAUUGUUUCAU